GCAACAGCUGAUUCAUCGAUAGGCCAAAUGAUUGCAAUACAAACAAAGAGUACAAGCUGACACAAUAAAAACACCACAAUAACAAUAUCUAAUUAACGCCAAAUAUCAAGUAUUGAAAAUAGUGUGAAUCAUCGGUCAAAGCUUUUUUUCGUCACAAUGGCUGCGAACACAGCAAAAGAAUCAGAACCGCCCAGCUACGAGGAAGUCAUGCGAGGCAGUGCACCCCCUAUGCAAGAUUCUCGGCUCAUAGCUGGUGUGCAUCAUGGCGCGCCGACAGCGCCGCCAAACAUGGCCAGCUACGGUGCAUUCGAGACGACGCCAGUCAGCAUUGUGGUGCAGCCAGCGCUGCCCACAGAGAUCAUUGUGAUUGGAGCUUGUCCCUCGUGUCGCAUUGGCUAUUUGGAAGACACAUUCUCGCCGCUGGGUCUCUGCUGUGCAAUAUUCUUCUUUCCCAUCGGCAUUCUCUGCUGUUUGGCGAUGCGCGAGAAGCGCUGCAGCAAUUGUGGAGCAACGUUUUAAAUGCCCAGUUAGCACUCUCGCUCUCCCUCUCUGAUCGCGAGUUAGAGAGAAAGAGAGAGAGAGAAACUUUUAGCUACAUAUAUGUAUAUUCAACCAGACAAAUUGGACUGUUAAGUUUUUAAAAAUCACAAAGAAAAAUAACAAAUUAUGCUAACUCGUUAGCUUGUUAAUCAUUAAACUAUAUACAUAUAUAUUAUAUGUGCGAAUGUA